GGGCUGUAUGUCCCCAUUAUCCGAUUCCUGGCCUCUUGGUAAUUUGCUUCUCGGACUGCUAGUGGUUCACGUUUCGACCAUUUAAUGCUAUGCAUGCAAUUUGACGAGGUUUUUAUUUGUUCGUUGCAAACGGGUUGGAGCGUGGUUCCUCGUUCUUGCCCAUGCUCCUCCCGCCGUUUCCCGUUUGACAUCGCGUGCAUCUUGGAGUUAUCACCACAUUUGAAGCAGAAUACCUUCAACACCUCUGACUCACACGCAUUGAACGUAUGUCCCACGGUUCCACAAUUCCAGCAGGUCCACUCUCUUCUCCGACGGGUUCUGGACAAAGCGCUUCUACUCUCGAACGAUCCUUAUAUCCCCGGUGAGUCUCGAGAUGGUUCGGCUGUCUGGUCCAUCGCGUCGCCAAUAUUCUUUCCGCGUCGUGGACUUCGUGUCGGAGUUGGUCCAGGUUUGUUAUGUAUAUCGGGUAUAUUAUUCUCGAAAUCUGAUCCCUAAUAUUCAUCUUUAUCACCUUUAUCAGUUCGAAGUCAGAAAAAGGCAUCUCUAGUCGAGAUCUGAGCGCUAGCAUGGUCUGGAUGUAUACCUCAUUGGAUUCUCCCGGCUUCUGCUUUCGCUCUCGCAACUCAUAUUCUCGCUCGAAGUUGGAUCGGUGACUCUGGAACUGCUGCUGUAGUGCGUACCUCAGGUAAGGCCACUCUUGCUUCUCCGUCGACCUCACGUACAUCCAGUACCAUUCCAUUGCUUGUCCUUCUACUAAUAUGUGAAAUUCUCUUAGAACCUCCUUCCAUGGAACCUGGUACGACCUUUGUAGAUGUUCGAGGCGAAAUAUAAAUUCGGAUACAGGCAUACUUCUUGGACUUCCAUCGAAGCUUAGACCCCACUUCCGCAGCUGACCAACUUUAAACGCGGACUCGACUGCUGUCCCGUUUGCUCGCCGCGGAUCUUGCCCUGGAUUUCCGUUUUGCUGUGUCCCACCGUUUCCAGGAUCCGUCGACCAGUCGGCGUGCGGAUAUCCUUCCGAGGCGUGGCGAUUCAGCUCCUGCCUCUCUGAGAAUGCCCCCGAGGUUGGCGGCGGGAAUCCCAUCUGGUGACGCACGGACGGCAGCAUGUUUGGCGGAGAUGAGACGUCACCAUUUCCACUACUCACUAGGGGAGGGUGGUCCCAUACCGACCCCCUAAAAGGCAAAGGCGAUAAAGGUGAGAAAAAUCAA